ACUUUUGUAAUAUUUUAUUUUAAAUUAAAAUAUGAUAGAAAUUUCAAUUCUCUGUUAUAUUUUAAGUGGUUAAUACACCGCUUUUAUUUAAAAAAAAUAAAUUAAUUAUUUACUAAUGAAUCCUUAAAAAUGAGUUUUAUUCAAUCCAUAGUUAAAUCUUCCAUAAAGAUGACCAUAGUCUCACAAAAUCAAUACAUUGCAUUUUAUUCGGAAAACAGCGCUGCGAUUGUAUUCGUCAAUAAUUAAACGCUAAUACUUAAGGAGGGACUUAGAAAAUAAAUUAGAAAAUAGUUUUUAAUUGUUAACAGUCCAAUAAACUCGGUCCGAAUGGCGGCUUCAGUGGAUGAAGUUGAAGUGAUCAUUAUCAAACCAGACAAAAUGUCAAACAGCUGGACUGGUACAUUGAAGAUCUGUGCCAUGAUAGUGUUUGUGUUUGCGUUGUACACUUACCUCCAUAUUUAUAUAAGAGGACUUAUAAUAAAAUCUAAGCAACUUGACCGUAUAGGAAUGUUGACAGUGAAGGCGGACAAUAUGAUGGAGCAUAUUUUUGUUAUCGACCAAAACAUAACCAUGUCUUUGGAAGAGCUGAUGGACUUAGAGUGAUAAACCUUUCUUAGAAGAUAAAUAAUCUCUCUGUGUAUGUAUUUUGUAUAACAUGAGACUAUGAAUCAAUUAUUUUCAUAGUUCAUGUAAAUAUUUUUUGUCAUUUUUGUGACAAAAAGAGUGGCAGACGACAAUGUUGUCUGAUCAGUGUAGAACCUUAGACUCAAUCACAUUCAUUUCAGUAACCAAAGUAAUAAUAUAUCAAAUAAUAUCAAAUACAUUUCCUAGUAAAACAAGCUUGGAACAACCUAUCACUAGCUGUUAAGAGGAUUAUUAUGUUAAUUUUUAAUCUUUAGGUAGAAUUUCUGUGAUAUUUAUCUUUUUAAGUACUUAAUGCUGCUUUAUUUAUUGUAAUUUGUUUGUUUAAAAAAAAUGUGUGUUUCCUAUUUUAUUAUUUAUAGACUAAAAUUGUGACUGUCAGGUGAAAGGAAAGUAUUGACUGAUAUGUAUUGCAUUUAAAAUGUUUCAUGACAUUAAAUUUGCUUGAUAAUUGUUAAGGUUUAGUAAUUUAUUUAUUAUUUAUUAUAAAAUAUACAUGAUAUACAUAUGUAUGUUUAUUACUGUGAAAGGAAUAUUAAAAUAUAGUAAUCAAAAAUAAAA